UGAGAAUUUGACGUGUUACCAAAUAUAUUUAUCUUUCUGCUAGACUGUUCGAAUUAUUUGGAUGCAAGCGGUAGGGCUGGCAUUUCGGUUAGUUCGGUUGUAACCGAUAACCGAAAUGCCAGUUACCGGUUAACCGAUACAGGGAGAAAGGCUACCGUCAACCGACCGAGUGAAUGCUUCGGUUAGCCGGCAACCGACCGGUCGGUUACCGGUUAGUUGCUCGGUUAACCGGUUUGUUACUUUCGGUUUCCUCACCCGCUCCCCCUACUUCUCCUCACUCUCACCCACCGCCAAUCUUUCCCUGUUGGAGAAGUUCCCCUGCCAGCUGCCAUGACCGACUCUUACACUUCCCAAGGUUUUCUUCCCCUCUCUUCAAUUCGCCCGAAUCUUGCCGCCAUGGAGUCCAAACUUGAUCUCCGCCCAAGGACUGAAGCCGCCGUCCGCCAAGCUCCGCCAAUUGCAGACCUACGCCGCGUCUGGAUCCACUCCGCCGCCAAGCUCCGCACCCAGGUCGACCGCGUCGGCAGGGCCAACCCCAAUUUCCUCUCCAACGACACCUCGGGGGUCUCCGUCGAGAUCUACGUUGGCUGCCUCCGCGACUCCCUCGUCGGCACCGUCCGCUACCUCAUCAGCAACCUUUCCCUCUCCUCUCCCCCGGCGGACACCCCUUCCUUCACCGCCCUCCAGAUCCGCCGCCCUUCGGGGAGGUGCCACGGCGUGCUCAACAUCGGCGCAUCCGCCAUCGAUGCCGCCGAUUUCACUGCAUGGAAGGGGGAAUCGGCGAUCGGGUUACCGGCGAGAAGAGGAGUGGCGGCGCCGACGGGUUGGGUGGCGGACUGGCGGUUGCUGGGUCGCGACUCGCGAGCAAAGGAGUGAAGGGAGAAGGGAGAAUGGGGCGGCGACGGUGUAGAGCGGCGCCGGCGUCGUCGUUUCAGUCUUGGAAUAAUGGCUUCCAGCCGAGGAGUUGUUGCUGGGAGAUUAUUGUUGCAGGUAGGUUCUUUUGGAAUCAAAUUUCACAUAGUAAGCGAACUCCCAGCUUCCUUCUCUAUGAGUUCUAAUUUGACGUAGGAUAUUUGGAACAGGAGCCAAACCAGGAAAUUGUGGAUUGUUCUGAAUGUGGUUCCUCUGGUUAUGCCAUCUCUGGGGACUUGAGCUUGCUGGACAAACUGAUUAUGAGAUCAGAUGCACGAUAUAUUAUCGUGGUGGAGAAGGGAGAAGAGUGCAUUCGAUAAUUCGAUUAGGGUUAGGACAGGGGAAGAGGGUCGAACAGGGGAGGUCGGGAAGAGGAGGGUCGAUUAUCAGAAGAACGGCGUCGUUUCUCACCUGCCGGUUAGCUGGCCGGUUAGUCGGUUAACCGCCGGUUACAUCCGUCGGUUAGGCGGUUAACCGGCACAAUAGAACCUGCUACCGACAACUGCCCGACACCUUAAUUUUCGGUUAGGCGGUUAACCGGUAACCGGCGGUUAUCUGUUUAACCGGCCGGUUAACCGGUAACCGAACGGCCAGCCCUAGCAAGCGGCAAGGAAAUGAAUUUCUAAAGAAGAAAAGAAUUUACUCUAUUUGUAAUUAUGAAAUUAGUCAUCAUCACUUUGGUAAAAAUGAAUUUGUGAGGCGACCCAGUCAAAGUAGCACACAAAUGACAAAACAUAACAAAAAGGAAACAAGUUUGAGAUUGGGGGAAAGGUGCCGGAAAGUUAAGAAACCAAAGCAAUCUUCAACAAGAAAGAGGCUGACGGGUGGCCAAAAGUCCAAGACGAAUGAACCAUUUGCCUCUUCAAUUACAAACAGCAGGCCUAUGGCUACCGGAUUUUCUUAGUUUCAGUUCCGUCACAAAAACUACAAUCACCCAUCCCUUCCCACCGUGUACUAGUGGAAGUUGGAAACCUCCGCUCAUACUCCAAAUUCCAACCUAUUCAAUUAUAUAUAUAUGGUGGCUACUUCGGUGCACUCACUUUUUUAGGUGCACUCAAUGCACCCAUUUCUAAAAGUGUUCAUAAUACAUCAAAUUUUGAACUUUAAUUAGUACUCUCAAUCUAACAUGAUGAUAUGGCAUAGAAUCAUAACAAAUCAAUCUGUUACCCUAACCCCUUAACCUUCAAUUUUGAAUCCUAAUGCAAAAUCUCAAACUGUAAACCUAAACCUUAACCCUAAACCCCUAAAUACUAAAUCCUUCAAAUUAAAGUAAAUCUUAAAUG